UUAAACAUUUAAAAAAAAAAAAUGUGUUCGUUAAAUACUUGUUCAUGCGAUUUUAAUGACGAUUUCACUACUAAAUUUGAUGAAGUACAAAUAUUAGAUUCUGAACUGUGCAAAAAAUGCCGAAUUGACAAGCCUGAAAUAAUAUUAAGAAAAAAAGAUGGAUAUUGCAAAGGUUGUUUUUUAAUAAAUUUAACACACAAGUUUAGAGCUGCCUUGGGUAAAUCCAAAAUUAUUCAUCGAGGAGAUACCGUACUUGUUGGAUAUUGCGGCAGAGAAAAUUCAACCGCUUUACUACAUUUAAUAAAAUCUGGUUUAAAUGAAGUAGCUAACAAAAAGAUUAUAUUUAAUGUAGUCAUAUUUUUUAUAGACGAUGGUAGUGUAGAAGGAUAUACAGUAAAUGAAAGAAAACAGCUGUUAGAGACAAUAACUGAACAAACGAAAACGUUUGGAUUUGUUGGAUAUACUGCAUCAUUAGAAGAAUCUUUAUGCGAAAAUGGUAUUCCAAAUAUUUAUCCGAUGGAUACUCCAGAAGUUGUAAUAGAUGAAAAUGAAGUUAUACUAAAUAUUCUUAAUAGUUUAGCUGAUGAUAGUGCAAAAGAAGAAUUAUUACGACGGUUACGUCAUAGACUUCUUAUCUUAGCGGCAAGAAAAUUAAAAUGCAAUAAAAUAUUUGUUGCCGAUGGCGCAACAAAUAUUGCUAUUAAUAUAUUAAGUGACAUAUCACUUGGUCGUGGUGCUCAACUUUCUCCUGAUAUUGAUUUUUCUGAUACAAGAUAUUUGGAUGUUAUGCUUCUUAGACCUAUGAGAGAUUUUACAAGAGAAGAAAUAAUUCAUUAUUUAAAUUGUAACAAUUUAAACGCUUUACGAUCUAGUAAGAAAAGUAAAACUAGUACGUUAACUUCCAUACAAGCUUUAACAAAUAAAUUUAUAUCUCAAUUAGAUUCACAAUUUCAUGGAACUGUGUCUACAGUUUAUCGCACUGGUGGAAAACUAUUGACAGAAUUACUUGCAUGUCAAAGUGUAGAAGUAAACUCUUUAUGCGCUCUUUGUAAUAUACCUUUAGAUACAAAAGUGACAAAUGAUGAAAUGUCAGCUUUACAAGCAACAUCAUUUUCUGCUUUUUUAUCAUCAGAUAACGUAGAUAUUAACAAUACUAAAGAAAAGACUAACAAUUUACUUAAUGUUAAACUAGAGGAGGAAGAACAGGUUAGUCAUUCUAAAAAGAAUAAUCAGAAUAAGCAUACUGAUAGUAAUAUUAUUAAUGAAAAACAAUGUACCUGUAAUAACAAAGAAUGUAAAAAAUAUAUGACACAAUCCCUCUGCUUAGAUGAUAUAUUAAAACAUCUUUGUUAUUCAUGUCGAUUGAUUUUUCGAUCAUCUGAUAUAACAAAAUCUAUACCUGUAUUUGUAUUGAAUGCUAUUCAAACAAAAUUAUUAUCCGAAAAUAGGCUGAAUUAAAGUAUAGAUUUAUUAUUAUAAUAGCUUAUUCAUAUAAUAAAGUGAAAAUGUUUUUUAUUU